ACCUUUUUGUGUGACCAGCUGUUGAACAUCCGGUGUGAACAUCCGGUGCUGGUCCCAGUCAGCUGAUGAACCAGUGACUGUUUGACUGUUAAACCAGAAACCAGUUUAUCUUCAGAACAGAACCGAGACUAACAAUGAGAGGGCUGAUCUGUGGACCUAAACUGGCCGCCUGCGGCAUGGUGCUGAGCAUAUGGGGAGUUAUCAUGCUGGCCAUGUUGGGGAUUUUCUUCACCACACAUUCAGCAAUAUUGAUUGAAGAUGUUUCUGUGACCGUUAACGAGACCUUCAAAGAUACGAACCCUCCUCAGAUGAUCUACGCGGCGUACAACAAGGUGGGCUACAACUGCUUCAUAGCGGCUGGUAUCUACGUCGUGGUUGGAGCUUUCUCCUGCUGCCAGAUAAAGCUCAACAGACAGAAGGAGCUAAAGGUGCUCGGAGACUGACCAAAGUUGGCACAUGUCUCAGGACGGGAGUACCUGGUGCACUAGUGCCACCUGCUGGACUGAAGAAGAGCUCCCAGCAGCACUGGACGCUCACCUGUUCUCCGAUCACUGACUUCAGGGUUUAAUCUCAGGGUUUAUUGAUUCCUAAUGAUAAACUACGUUUAAACUAUGAUGUUUUGCACCUUUAUGUAUUUAAGAUGAGAUUAAUUCUACCUCUGAUCACAAGUGCUGAAAUGAUUUGAUUGUUUGUCGUAAAAACUACCGACUGGAGCGAGUCUCAGUGAUUAUUCUUGUUAAAAAAAAAAAAUGAAAAGGUUGUAAAUUAUUUUGUCUUGACAAGAGAAUGUAUUUCUGAUUAUUGCCAGUCGUGUUUUGCAAUGCUGCUCAUUAAAAUCAAGUGUCAAAGGUUGCAGUCCAGCAUCCAUUUCAAACAUAAAGGGAUGUGGAGUCAGCUUGAUUCGAUUGUUUUUAUUUAUCACAAGUCUGAAUUUUUCACUUCUUCAAAGCUUAUCUAGAAAAAUGUUAAAUACCUAUACAUGAAAAUAUCUGCUUAUAUAAUAAAAUCAAAAGAAUGCACUUACAAAACGAAUCAGAGUGUAGCCCGACAAAAUGAGCUUGUAUGUACGAGCUUUCAUCCGCAUCUCACGGUCUUCAUCAGUGGGUGGAUGUUGCUCAGCUGUGAUGGACCUUCAGUCACAUGAUAACAGGCGGUUGCAUAUGGAGGGAGACGGUAACCAGCGUCUCUGGUGUCAGAUGUAAAUGUCCUUCUUGGUCUUUCUCCAGCAAUCCACUGACUCCUGGUCCAUGUUGACCACCUGAUAUUAACUUUUCAGAGAUGUUUACAACAUUUUACUCAGAAAGGUAUAUUUCAUGCUUCAACUAUGCUUGCAAUUCGGUAAAAAAAAAAAAAAGAAAGGCUGUGGUAGAUGCUGAAACCAUUAAAUAAAUUUUAUGGUACAUCGCCUGUUCAAUUAAACAUGUCAUAGAAAUCAUAAA